AUGUCCAAUCUGCGAUCCUUAGUCACUCUUAUUGUCUGGGUGACCCUUUGCCUAAUGAUCUACCUGAUACCACCGAAUCAGUCGCGUGAGGAUGUGCCCCCAUUAAUGGAACAGAACUUUCCGAACGAUGAAGAGCAUUUGAUUGACUUCGGGAACUUCGGCUACAUAAUAGAGCAGUCCCCCUGCGAGUCGGAUACCAGGGGCCUGAUAAUAGUCCACACAGCUCCCAACAACCAUGAGAAACGUUCGUUGAUACGCGAGACCUGGGGCGGAGUCGUCCACAGUGCCAGCAGUGGGUCACCACUUCGGUUGAUCUUUGCUCUGGGCAACAUUCGGAAUAGCUCCCUGGAGUCUGCGAUUCUGGAAGAGCACUCUCAGCACGGGGACCUUUUGCAGGGCAAUUUCAUGGACACCUACAGCAACAUUACCUACAAGCAUUUGAUGGCCCUGCAAUGGUUCAACUACCACUGCAAUCGUGCUCAGUUCCUGCUGAAAGUGGACGACGAUAUCUUUGUGAAUACCCCGACACUUUUGGAGAACCUAAGAGACCCGAAACCCUCCAAUAGCUCCAACAGACGGCUCCUAGACGGCCUCAUACAGCAACGCAGCGGACUUCUGCUCUGCGCGAAGAGAGAAGGAGAUCGUGUUGCUCGGUCGUAUCGCUCCAAGUGGCGUGCGAGCUUCAAGGAGUACUCCGACUCUCGUUACCCCGACUUUUGUCCAGGCUUCUCGGUCCUCUACAGUCCAGAUGUGGCCAGGAAACUCUACGCAGAAGCCCAAAGGUCACCGUACUUCCGCCUGGAUGAUGUCCACAUCACUGGCAUACUGUCGAAGCGUCUGCACAUCCCGAUCAGCGAUCUGAGUCCGUACGUCAUGUAUCCAUCGGAAAUGGAAAGCGUACUGAAGGGGGAGGAAAUACCCACCGAGCAAGUGGAAUUUCUGGUUUCCUGGCAUAACUUAAACCCCUCACAGAUGCGAUCGCUCUGGUCAUUGUUUGGAAACAACUAA